GCGGCUGCCGCUCCCCGCCCGGCGGCGCAGCGCCCCCCAGCGGGCUCCUCGCGCCGCGCCGCCGCGGGGCUCGGUUCGCUGGUGGAGAAGGUUCUAGAACAGGCCGGCGUGGGCGGGAAACUCCUUAGGUCCCGGCCGGUGAGGCUAUGAGGGUGUGGGUGGCGGCGCUGGCCUUGUGGCCGGUGCUGAGGGCUGCAAGCAAGCCGUUACCCCCCUUACCGAAAAUCACAGAUAAGAAGUUCAUCGAGCUGUGCGUGAGUACGCACAACAAGCUCCGCUCCGAAGUGCAGCCGCCUGCCAGCAACAUGCGCUACAUGACCUGGGAUGCAGCUUUGGCAAGGACUGCAAGGGCAUGGGGGAAGAAAUGCACUGUUCAACAUAACACAUACUUAGAUAAGAAACAUCAGUGCCAUCCUAAUUUCACAUCUGUUGGAGAGAAUCUUUGGCUUGGAAAUCGUAGAAUAUUCCAUGUUGCUAAUGCCAUUAAAUUGUUCUACGAUGAGAUCAAAUACUAUAAUUUCUCAACGCAGAAAUGCAGUAAGGUUUGCGGUCAUUACUUUCAGGUUGUUUGGGACAUUUCAUAUAAAGUCGGUUGUGCUGCUACUCUAUGUCAGCAAGUUUUAGGAAUACGAGAUGCAGUAAUUUUUAUUUGCAACUAUUCACCACGUUAUGAUUUUCCAAGAAAUCCAUAUAUAGAAGGAAGAUCAUGCAGUAAUUGUGGAAAAGGGGACACCUGUGAAAAUAACCUGUGUAGAAAUCCAGAACGUGAUAAAAUUAUCUAUUAUUCAAGAUGGUACCCGCCUUGGGCGUUCACAGUUGUAUGCGAUGAGGCUUGUAUUGCUGUUGUAGUUUUGAGAAUAUCACUGACGUUUCUUGCUUUUGUAGCUGUCUACUUUCUCAAAAAACACUUUACAAACAUCCAUGUGACCACCUAAUGGGAUUUGAAAUACAUACUGUCUUCUAAAGAUACUUGCUGAUGAAUUAAGCAGAAAGCUCACACUGACAUGACUUUAAAGAUGACUUCCUUUGACAGUAGUUUUGUUGAUAUUAUUUUAUGCCCCUUAGAGAAAGCCAACAUGCCAAAGAAAGUGAAAUUAUAUCUGCAUAAAACCUAAAUUGGGAAAAUAUUAAGAUAAAGGUAGUAUCUGGUAAGGUUUGGAACCUUGUUUUUAAAUACCAAAUUUCCCCAAACCGUGAUGUACUCCGUUCCUGGAAUUUGAGGAGAAAAGUAUGUGUCAAUUGAACAACUGCUACUAUUCGUACUAAGCCAAUAUUUGAAAUCACAAUUGCUUAAUUGAGAUGCUGAGAGAAAGCUAGCAUAUUAUCUAAUCAGUCCUGUUUUCUAGAGUGACAGAAUGUUCUGAAUACAUUGCAUAAAGAAGAUUUUACAGAGAGAUGGCUCUUCAGAAUUUUUGAUGUUUUUGAAGUUAGUGCAACUUUGUAUUUAUAACCUAAUGCAUUUAUUGUUCUUCAUUCAAAAUGUGUAGCUUUAGAUUUAUUGUUAAGUAUUUUGUUUCUAAGUCCCUCUAAACCCUGUGCUUAAUUUUAAGGCUUUUUAUUCCUUGUUUGAAUAUGUACCAUUACUUACACAUAGUAUAUUGCCUGUUUUGUAAGUGUUCUAAAGUUUUAAUAAUAAAUUUUCAUAAUUUUAUCUUGAAA